CGUCAAACGAAGGAACCGAAUUCUACGUUCAUCAUCUGAAUGAGGAAACCGACGGAUUCAAUACACACGCAAUGAUAUAUGCACCCGUCGUAAUAUUCCUCCGGGAUGAUACAGGGCGUUACGUUCCACCCAGCAAGGCAUCGGUGAUAACGUCCGCUGCCGUGAAUCGUGCUCAGGUUCUUCGCCAUUUUCGGGACGCGCCGGAAGUUGACGCGGAGAUAGAGAAAACCAUGCGAGAACGGAUGGCUCGUAUAUUACGUCUCUUCGAAGAAUGUGGGGACCGUCAUCUUGUUCUCGGGAGCUUCGGGACCGGGGUGUUCACAAAUUCGGUUCAGAUGGUAGCAAGCAUAUGGGCAGAUCUACUAGUUGGCGAAGGAGCCAGAUUCCAAAAGUCAUUCGAGCAAGUGAUAUUCGCCAUCAAGGACCAGAACACGUUUGACGAGUUUAGAGAAAUAUUCUCUCAGCAUGUCGAAACUGUGCCUGUGGAUGAGUCGAUGACGAUGACAGAAUACCCUUGAUAGGGGCUCGGCUUUUUGAUCCAACUCCACACUUCUUCGCAAGACCUUGCACUUUGCGCGUGCUUGGCAACACUAAUCAAAGGGAAGACCCAGCAAUAGGCGUCAGACGUCUUCUGGUGCGAAGGAUCAAGUUGAAUGUCUCGAGUCACCCGAAGUAGCUUGGCUGAAUAUUGUAGUUAUCUCAUCCGAUUAUAACAUUUGUCUUGAUCUCAACUUCAACACUACGACCUGCCCGACGGCUCAUUAUCUAUCCUUCUAUAAUCACCCAACAUCGGCUUCCCACAAUCUUCAUUCACUGUACAUUUCCCCAGGUUCAAUACAAUGAUGGCUAUCCCAGGCGAUUACAAUGACUCGAUCUUGCAGUUAGGUUCCUAUGCCCCGUUGUUGAUUAGUCAUGAUCUACGCGUUCUAUGACUCAAUCAGGAUGCGAACACCGACUGCAAUCUUGCCCCCAGUGGGGGAUUAUAGCUAUGCUGCCCGA